AUGGAAUGGUUUAGUAUCGGGCCUGCAAGGUUGGGAUGUGCUUUGAAGACUGCACUGGGACUUAAAAUUUGUGACUUGCUUGUAAUUGGUCUUUUGAUAUUUUCUAUUGUAUCGUGCAACUCUUGGGUUGGACAUAGCCAGAAUGUCAUUAACGUGCUUCAAUUUGGUGCCAAAGGAGAUGGCGUCACCGAUGAUACUCAAGCUUUUGUGAAGGCAUGGAAAGCUGCGUGCGGAGAAACUAACGGCAGUGCAAGGCUUGUGGUCCCACCUAUGCAUACGUUUUUUGUGAGUCAAACGAGAUUCAAAGGUCCCUGUCGUUCAGAUAAAAUCGAUAUUAUGAUUGGGGGGCAGUUAAUUGCACCUACGAGAAAAGAAUGGGGAACAUGUUCAAAACGGUGGCUUCAUUUCUAUGGCGUGCGUGGUUUGACACUGCGUGGAUCAGGAGUAAUCAACGGUCGUGGAAAGGAUUGGUGGGGCAAUCUGAAUGCAACUAGCGGAUGCAGGGGAAACCCUACGGCUCUUCUUUUUGAGAGAUGCGAUGGCCUGCAAAUAAGUGGACUCACUCACAUGAACGGGCCAUCGUCACAUAUCUAUGUUGUCCAUAGCCAAGACGUAACCAUCUCAAAUGUUCAUAUUUAUUCACCCCUCGGAAGUCACAACACCGAUGGAAUUGAUGUUUCUAACUCUGUUCGGGUUAACAUUCUUGACUCCGUAAUUGGAACCGGUGACGAUUGCAUUGCUAUUAAAGGUGGCACAGAAUUCAUCAAUGUUAACCGAGUUACAUGUGGACCCGGUCACGGCAUCAGUGUGGGGAGUCUUGGAGGUGGUGGAGAAAGGGAAUACUCACAACAUGUGAACGUCAGCAAUUGCAUAUUCAAUGGAGCUGAUAGUGCAGCUAGAAUCAAGACAUGGCCAGGUGGACAAGGAUACGUCAACGAUGUAACAUAUCAUAAUAUCAGUGUCAAUCAAAUUUAUAACCCAAUUUUAAUAGACCAACAUUACAUGCGCACUCCAGAAAAGAAGCAGGCACUGAAAGUGAGUAACGUUACAUUUAGUACUAUCUAUGGGACAAGUAGCUCUGAGAAUGCAGUUGUAUUGGAUUGUGCCGCUAUAGGGUGUGACAAUAUUAACCUGAAUCAAAUCAACAUUACCUCAGUUGAUCCAAAGAAGCCAGCUUCAGCAACAUGCAAUUAUGUUCAUGGGACAGCCACUGAUAUUAUUUCACCUGUUUUAACUUGUCUAAAUCACUGA